GUCCAACACUCAUCAUCGUGUCAAUCUUUGGACAGCACCACAGUGUUUGACAAGUCGGCUCAGUCGGGCUCUGCAGCGUCUGUCUACAGGUCCAUAUACUCAUGCAGCAAGCUUGUCCUCCAUCUCGGUUGGCUCGAUGCUUCCAAGCCAUAAGUUAUGCCUACUGUUGUUCGUCUUAUACUGCGGUGGCAUCAUCAAUAUUCCGAGUCCAGUAAAUUACCCCGCCCGAUUUUUAUGCUUGGUUUUACAGCAUAGGGAUAUCAGCUUAUUGCAUGGCCAUAUAUCAGCGCCGCGAUGUUUUUUAAGACCAGAGACGGGGAUGAAUCAUCUUGAUGCAUUGCUAACUUUUCAGAGGGGGAGGGCGUCAUGCCAACCAGUCUAGCGGUUGCUGUCCAUCCAACGCC